AUGUCUUCUUCACACCAGAGCAACCGACAUGUGGAUGGUUCGAGAUUGCGCAGCAGCUGCAAUGCUUGCACGGAUGCCAAGAUUGGUUGUACAAAGGAGAAGCCGACUUGUUCUCGAUGUUCACGACGCGAUGAAGUCUGCGUCUAUGCUCCUGCCAGGCGCGCAGGUCGGCCUAAUCGCCACAAAGCAAAUCGAGCAUCAAGUCAUCGGCUCGAACGCGGCGCACUUUCUCCGAGAUCACCACCGCUGCACAUGAAUCCGGCUUCCUAUACCGAUUUUCUACCACAAUUCCCCGACAUGACCACAGCUCGCUCCUCGAACCAAGUCGCAUCACCUUUGGAUUUCCCCUCUUUUAGCCAAAAUGAUAUCAAUAGUUAUCUGGAAUCCAUUGGUCCUAUCUUUGAUGACCUGAUCCCAGGUGACGACGGAUCAACUCGUUCGCUUGGUGGAGACAGUGGAAUCGGCCUCAGCAGCGAGAGUAACACUACUCUGGGACACGACUCUGGACAGAUUGGCAGUGGCUGCGAGAACAUAACCACGCUGAUGACCGAUGGUGAUCCCGAUGGCGACAAGGAAAUGAUGAAUAGCCCACUGCGUCCAGGUCCCACAGAAACAAUCCCAUCCCCAGAGCUCUUCGCAAUGGCAAACAUGUUCAAUAUGAACAGUACGACACCACAUCAGGUGUUCCCUCACGGAGCCAUGAACACGAGCGGGCAGAAUACCCAGCUGCCGACCUCUUCAGAACAAAGGCGCAAAUCAGCAUCGUGCGACUGCAGGAUAAAAUGCUCCGCUCUCCUCGACAGGAUGGCAGCGUUCAGGGCGGAUGCAAGUCUUGACUCGUCCUCGUGCGGGCCACCAGUCUUUGAGGAUGUCAUUGAACAGAACGACUCCACCAUCGAGAUUGUCCGCGAAAUCUUGGACUGCUCUUGCUCCAACAACAACAAUUCGACACUAUACAUACUCUCCCUCGUGAUAUUCGAGACCUUGGGAUGGUAUGCAGCUACUGCGCUGGCCGUCAAAAGCAGCAGAAAGCCCAGAGACGCUACCACCGCGUAUUCUGACGCGGGCCUCCAAGAAAUCAUGGUGCGACCACCGUCAGCGUCCAACGAGAGGUGCGGCAACACCAUCGAAGUUGAGGCGUAUCAUGAACACAUGAUCUAUCAAAGCUUGAUAACAAAGCUUUACUGUGUUCGGCGGGUCGGGACGUCCCUCUCGCAGCGUCUCUUGGCCGCAGAAGAGAAGUCGAAGAUCAAAGCAAAUGCAAAGGUGCCGUUGUCAUGCCCAACCGACAACACGAGCAAGAGCCGUCUUGCCGCUGCAGCGCAAGACAUUUUGAUAUAUGGCGACAUAUUUCAGAAUACGAGCCUUGGUCCCCGAGCUGACGGUAUCUGGAAAAGUCUGGAAAUUGGCCUGAGGACCAGACUGAAGGAAGUAUCGCAAGGCAUAGUUGAGGCUCUACGGGAAGCAUGA